CGGUGAGGCCCCGGCCCAGGCCCUCCCGCGGAGGGGAGGGCGAGGAGUCCGUGGGUCGGAGGUCAGCGGCCGUUACAGGCCCCUCUCGUCACCUCGGUGCAGGGACCGGUGCGACCCCUCAGCGGAGAUCCCGGUGAAGAGUCUUUCCUCUCGGUCGCUGCAAGGUUUUUCUUCUCCAAAGAUAAAGCCAUGGCUGAAAUGAGUGAUAGCAACUUGGAUAAAACAACCGCUCUUCAGCAAGCAAUAGCUUCUUGUUGUGGAGCUAUUAUUACAUCAUUAUUUGUAACUCCUCUUGAUGUCAUCAAAACUCGACUGCAAGCGCAAAGUAACCCAUUCUCCAAAGGAAAGUGUUUUGUAUACUCCAAUGGCCUUAUGGAUCAUAUAUGUGUUUGUGACAAUGGGGACAGCAAAGCCUGGUAUAAAAAACCUGGGCAUUUCAAAGGGAUGUUGGAUGCAUUUGUGAAAAUUACACAAAGAGAGGGAGUUAAAUCACUGUGGAGUGGACUUCCCCCAACACUAAUAAUGGCACUCCCUACCACAGUAAUCUAUUUUACCUGCUAUGACCAACUGAGUGAAGCUUUGAAAUCUAGACUAGGAAAGGAUGAUGAGCACAUUCCAAUUCUUGCAGGUUCCUUAAGCAGAUUUGGUUCAGUUACCAUUGUGAGCCCUCUGGAGCUGAUCAGAACUAGAAUGCAGUAUCGCAAGUUCUCCUACAAGCAACUGUACCUGUGUGUCAGUAGUAAAGUGGCUUCAGACGGAUGGCUUUCCCUGUGGAGGGGCUGGAGUUCUACUGUUCUGAGAGAUGUACCUUUCUCAGCAAUGUACUGGUAUAAUUAUGAACAUUUCAAGAAGAUCCUUUGCAAGGAACUUGGUGCACAUGAACCAACAUUUUUCAUUGCUUUUGUGUCGGGAGCAGCAUCUGGCUCUAUUGCAUCUGUCAUAACUCUGCCAUUUGACGUAGUGAAAACCCAUAGGCAGACUGAACUUUGGGAGUGCGAGACCUUAAAAAGUAAGUUGCUGUUCCACAGAGGGACAGUACAUCGACCUGGGCAGUUAUGAGGAAAAUUGUCGCUAAAAAUGGGAUUACUGGAUUAUUUGCUGGUAUUAUUCCACGGCUGUUUAAAGUUGCUCCUGCAUGUGCCAUAAUGAUCAGCACAUAUGAAUACGGAAAGUCUUUCUUUUCUCAUUUAAAUGGAAAGAUGAGCCAACAUCCUUAGUUCUACUUCAUCUGAUUGAAUCUGAAUCGGUGAAGGCAUUUCCUAGAACUCCCAGUGAAUUUCUGCCAUUACAUUUGGUAACUAAUACAACUUCAUUUUUAACACAAAGGAUAAAUUCACUUUUUAAGACUAAGAAAGUAAUCAUGACAACCUAUCAGUGAAGACUUAGUGACUUGUCUUGACACUAGAAAGAAAGAAAUGAGAAGGAAAAAUAGGUGCCAAGUGUUCUUCAGUGAUGGUUAAAAGGAGGCUGGACAGAAUAAUGAGGAAUAACAACUGCCACUGUGUUAAUUUUCAGUCCAACUAAAAAUUUUUGUUGGGUAUUUAAAAUGAGGUUUAGAAAAUUGUAUGAUAUGAUUAUUCCUCCAUAAGGAGGUUGAUACAGAAUGAAUUCAAUAAAUGUUUAUUUAUUUUGCUUAAUUGA